AGACAGAAGUCGAAGGCUAAUGUGAAAUCGUUUCACGUGUAAUUUUUUUUUUAAGAUCGAGUAUAAUUUCGUAUCGGAGAAAAUACUUUUUCUUAUCUCGUUAAGGAAACUUGUUGCAGAAGAUAUAAAAUAGAAUGGAAAAUUUUUCAAUGUUAAAUAUUUAUUAGUCAAUUAAAAAAAAAAAAGAAUUUAUCGGUGAAUGUAAUACACGAGGUAUUAAAGAUCGUUCAUUCGAUUUAACUCAUACACAGAACCAGUCUCCUUCUUGACUUUCAAGAAAAGAGAAAUCAUGGAAGAACGUAGCGAGAUACAAUCGUUUUAUAAAGGCAAGACCAUAUUUAUUACUGGAGGGUCCGGUUUCAUGGGAAAAGUUCUUAUUGAGAAAUUGCUUUAUACCUGUAGCGAUCUUGAUAAAAUCUAUAUGCUAAUAAGAUCCAAAAAAGGUCGGAAUCCUGAUUUGCGUAUCGACGAGAUGUUCAAGUUACCAUUGUUCAUAAGAGUGCGAAAACAAAAGCCAGAAGUAAUAAAAAAAGUGAUACCGAUAGUUGGAGACAUCUCAUUGAACAAUCUCGGUAUCACCGAUGAACAACGGGAGCAUCUAAUUAAUGAAACUCACAUCGUCUUUAAUCUAGCAGCCGCGGUUAGAUUAGAGGCUAAAUUGAAGGACGCUAUCGAAUCGAACACGGUCGGCACAAAGAGAGUAUUGGAGCUGAGCAAGACUAUGAAGAAGCUGGAGGCAUUUCUGCAUCUGAGUACGGCUUUCUGUCAUGUCGAUCAAAUAGAGCUCGGUGAACGAGUUUACGAUUCGCCAGAUGAUCCUCAGGACGUCAUAAGAUUUGUUCAAUGGAUGGAAGACGACGCUAUCAAUCUCGUCACGUCUAAAUUGAUAGCUCCUCAUCCGAAUACUUAUACGUACUCGAAACGUUUGACGGAGAAAUUGGUGGCUGACGAGUUUCCCCAUAUACCAGUUGUCAUAACAAGACCUUCCAUUGUUUUACCGGCUCUCAAUGAACCUUUGCCAGGUUGGGUGGAUAAUUUGAACGGGCCGACAGGUAUCGUUAUUGGUGCUGGGAAAGGUGUAAUUAGGUCGAUGCAUUGCAACCCUAAUUAUCAUGCCGAAGUUAUACCCGUUGACUGGGCCAUUAAUGCGUUGAUCGCGAUCGCAUAUAAGAUAGGUACAGAUCGGAACAAGCCGAAAAAUUGUCCGGUUUAUAAUAUUACUCAGAGUAGUAUCGAACGAAUGACAUGGGGUCAAGUUUUAGAGAGGGGAAGAAGCAUUGCUUACGAUUAUCCCUUCGAAGGACAGAUUUGGUAUCCGGACGGCAACAUACGGAACAGCAAAUUCAUUCAUAAUGUUUUUGUCUUGUUCUUUCAUCUUAUACCGGCUUACCUAAUUGACUUUCUGAUGCUAAUAUUUUGUCAAAAAAGAUUCAUGGUACGUAUUCAAAAAAAAAUUUCGGACGGCCUCGAUCUCCUACAAUAUUUUACCACGCGAGAAUGGAUCUUUCAUAAUACGAAUUUAUUGAUCUUAUGGGGUGACAUGAGUCCGAAGGAUAAAGAAUUAUUUCAGCUUGAUACGGCGAACGUCGACGUGUUAAAUUAUAUAAAGUUUAUUAUAUUGGGUGCAAGACAAUAUUGUAUGAAAGAAGAUCUCUCUUCUUUACCGAGAGCACGUAUACAUCAAAGGAUAAUGUACAUCAUUCACAUCACAACGGUAUACCUAUUCUACUUCGGCAUAUUAUAUUUUAUAUACAAGCAAUUUGAGUUUGCUCGGGUUUCUUUCGAUUAUGUCACAGACAAGAUCAAGAUGCUGCCACUGAUGGAUAAUGUUAUUUAAAAGGAUCAUAUUAAGAAGAAAAAAGAAAAAGAAAUCAUUUGGAGUCGCUUUGUAUCGCUUUAUUACAUUGUAUAUUUGAUUUGUUUGAAGUAGUGCUAUUGAUUGAACUAGUAGUCCAUGUUACUUAUCAUCGAUAAAAGACGGAUUAAUUCUGUACACUUUCAAAUCUUUCUUUUUGUUUAAUUUCUAUCUAUCUUUCGAUUUUUUCCAUCUCUAUUUGUAUUUUUUUCUUUCUUUCUUUUUUUUUUUAUUUUUACUUCUAUAUAUGUACCCUAAUAUAUUUCAUUUGUAUGUCACAAAUAUUUUUGAUACGAGAAACUAUUGGGUUUCCGUGCGUUGGUGGUUUUUUCUUUUUUUUUUUUUUGGUUAAGAAAAAAGAGAAAGGGAAGAUAAAGGAAGAAAGAAAAAAUAGAAAAGAAAGAAUCUUCUAAAUGAAAUGAUCGUUUGUGUUUACUUCUUUAAGUUGAAGUUUUAUUUGAGUUGGAGUUCGUUAAAUAAGUGGAUCUAAGAUACCACGCCAAAUAUAGAUACGCCUACGUACAUCAAA